UUAAAGAAUAUAAGGAGGAGGAACUCAGUAGUAUCGGUUCCUGUUAGAUCAACUGGUAAAAGUGCAGUUUUUGUCAAGUUUAACCAAUUAUCAAAACUGUUUGUUGAUAUACCACAACAUGUUAAGUAGGUCUGAUGCAGCAUAACUGCUUUAUUAUCUUUCAAGGAUUAUUUUCUUGUUUUUGUUCACCCUGACUCUUGUGUGACAACAUGGCUACCGCCUCACCAUCUUGUGUGAAAGACUGUUAUCUUUGCUCUUCGUCUUUAAAAGACUCGGUUGUUUUAAGAUGCUGUCACAGUUUGUGUAAAAGCUGCUUACAGAGCUACUGGGAGUUCAACAAGACUCUGGGUUGCCCUGUUUGUUUGAUGGAGACUCACUGUUCUGUGCUUCUGCACCAUUUGAGUCUUUCUGACUUUUCAGAUGACAGCAAAAUCAAACCACAUCAUGUGAGGAAUGCAGACAGUAAGAUGAGGGAGCUCUCAAGUAAAACCAGGGACAAAGAGGUCAAUACAGAUGUGAUGCUGGGGCAAAAUAAAUGUAAAGAGGAACCUCCUGCUACACCCACAACUACUUUUAAGCCAUUGAGGUCCAACCUGUGCCCAAAAUGUGGCAAGAGCUUCAAAAGAAAAUCUGACCUCAAAACCCACAAGAAGGUGCACAUCUUAGCAAAGCCGUACCAGUGCUCCACUUGUGAAAAGAGUUACGUUGGUAAACAUGAGCUUACAUUACACAUGCGUCUGCACACAGGUGAGAAGCUGUUUAACUGCUCUUACUGCAACAAAAAGUUCACCAGAAUGAGGGGUUUGAAGUCCCACUUAAGGAACCACACAGGGGAAAAGCCGUUCUCUUGUUCUCAAUGUGGGAAAUGCUUUUCUGGAAAAAGUAGCCUAAAGACUCACCUGCAGUUGCAUGGUGGAAAUCUGCCUCAUCAGUGUGAUCAUUGCGGGAAGCUUUUUAACACUGCAGCUGCAAUGAGAAACCACAAGGUGGCCCACACCGGCGAGAAGCCUUUUCCAUGUCCACAAUGUAACAAAAAGUUUAUCCUAAAGGUUCAGCUGGAGACUCACCUGAAUAGCCAUUCUGGGAUCAAACCAUUCAGCUGUUCAGUGUGUGAGAAGAGUUUUCUAAGGAAGCAUGGACUUAACACUCAUCUGCUCAUUCACAAGGACGACCGCCCCUUUCACUGCACACAGUGCGAGAAAAGCUUCAAAAGGAUGAGCCAUCUAACAACACACAUAAAGACCCACAGCUCUGACAUCCCUUACAAGUGCACCUUCUGCAGCAAAUCCUUCAAACUUCCCUUCUACCUAAAACUGCAUGAGAGUGUUCACACUGGAGAGAAGCCUUACAGCUGUGAGCAGUGUGGAAAAAGCUUUCGUUUAUCAGGAGAUUGCACCAAGCACCAGGCUGUACAUUCAGAGGAAAAACGGUACAAGUGCUCAAUCUGUGAUAUGAGGUUUCGCUUCAACAGUGGGCUGAGGAACCACAAAGCCGUUCAUUCUGAGGACAAACCUCACCACUGUAAGAAGUGUGGAAAGAGCUUUAACAGACUCGAUUACCUGAAAAACCACAUGGUGAUUCACACUGAUGAAAGACGUUACAAGUGUUCUCAAUGCGGUUUGGCCUUCAAGUGCUUAUCUAAUCUCAGGAAACAUCAAAACAUUCACUCCAGGAAGUCCCUGUUCUCCUGCAGCACCUGUGGCAAAACCUUCACUCGCCAGGAGGUCCUCAGAAGGCAUCAAGAUGUUCAUGCAGGAAAAUGCAAAUGCUCAGAGUGUGGAAAAUGUCUGAGCUCGGUUGGUAGCUUGAAGAAGCACAUGCAGCAACACUUCGGUAAGAAAAUGUACCACUGCGCCGAGUGCGAGAAGAGUUUCAGCUCCUUGUCCUAUAUGCUGAAGCACCAGAAAAUGGUGCACAUUGAUGAAAAGCCAUACGUCUGCUUCGAGUGCGGUGACAGCUUUAAUACUGAAGGAAAACUGGUUACUCACCAACUACAACAUUCAGGAGAAAUGAAGCAUGAAAUCGACUGAUGCCCUGAAUGUGGAAAAUAUUUCAUUAGAAGCGAUCCUUCAAAACAAACAAUACAUCAUUAUUGGAUACAAAAUGCAAGUAUUGUGUUUGUUUUGAUAAUACGCUCCACUGAAAAUUCACUUUAUAGUGUAAAGUUGUUACUACUGAAUCAGAAUCAGGUGUUUAUAUGGACUCAACAGUUUGCACAUUGCCAUGAUGUUUAGUGGCAGGUAAACCUGAACUUUUUGG